AUGCUGCUGGAGCUGAUUCCACCGUCGCCAACAUUGCCUUCAUUCCGUUUGUUCAUCGACUUUGCCGACUUUACCCAUGGACACCCGAAUCCGCUGGCCUGGUCGUCACAACUUUCGACACUUCUCCAACACGAACUCGACUUGCCUAGGUCGAUGCAUAUGCUCGACAGGGCCGUUGGUCUAACCACACUCCUUGAAUCCGUGCGCUUCGACUUGCGCAACAGCCGAAGCGGUGACAACGAGGGUCCAGGACUCACCCAUGUGAGAUGCGAAUUUGUGGAUGGUGGUGUCGUGGAGUGGACGGUCCCUCUUAGCGUCAACGGUUCGAACCCCGGCGACAGCCAACUACCUCCGUUUCUGAAGGUGCUGCACGGUAUCCUGAAGGACAUCCAGUCGAUGCGUCUGGAGGAAGAACGAUCCAAACUCGCUCUGCAGUACGAACAGCAAGCUCACCAGCGAAAUGGCUCGGUCUCCCAUUCCACAUCAUCAUCUACCGUUGGCCCUAGCCUUGCGCGAAGAUUCACCGUUAGUGUGAUGCGUCAGUCCAACUCUAUGUCCGCAAUCUCCUCCGAAGCUUCGACUUCAAAAUCCCACAAGCGCCAAAAGUCCUUCCUUCAAAGUAUCCGUAAUGCUGUCGGUUCGAUAGUUUCGCGAGAUUCCGCUAGUUCCUCCAACGCUCGAACUGUGACGCCCACGCCGGCUCCUUCGGGCCCAGUGAACCCACUCUCCCUCCACUCUUUCAGCAGUAUGGACGAUCUCGCAAAACUCGGAGCUUUCUCUUCACCUGUUCAUUCCCAUCGAUCACAUCUGCCGCAUAAUUGGUUGGACCAACAAGACGAGUCCACCCUUACGUCGGCGGCUGUCCAUCACGCCCGCGCCCAGUAUUACCGUGAACGCGUACGAGCAGCUCUGGUGGAUGCCUACCGUCGUUUUGUACUUGCGGGACUCGCUGUCGGAGGGUCAUCCUCUGCUGCCUUCCUGACUUCUUCCGCUAUUGAAGAGGUAGAAGCUGCAGAUGAUGAUGAUACAUCCACUGUGUACUCGUCCUCAUCAGAGGAAUCCUCUGACACAGAAGUCGAAAUGGACGUUGAAGAGCCUGUUGAAGAAGGUACCUCGACGGGACCCGUCACCUCGACACCUCCGCGAAGUGGUCGCAGACGCCGCCCGCCAACACCCUCAGUUUCUGGAACACAGGGAAGGUCAAGAGCCAAUUCCGCUGCUACCACGUCUACCAACUCGUCUUCGAAGGAUCCAUACGCUCCUGGGAAGCGCGAGGCAUACUCGUACUAUACAUGGGUAUUGAAGAGUAUGUUGAGAAGGACAGAGGAGGAGAUGGAGGUUAUCUUGAAGCGCUGUGAAGAGGAGCGGAGGCGGGAAUUGGAUGCAGAGCUGCUAGAAAAGGAGAGUCUGGAGCGGGAGCAAGAACGCCGUGCACAGGCUGCUGCAGACGACCACGACGAAGGAAGACGUGAGAAGACUCAUUCCGCGAAGUCCCAAGGCACUCCCUCCCUCAAGAAGUCGCCUUCGAAAUUGCUGAAAAGGCGUUCGGAGGGGAACUUGAAACACCUGGUCACCUCUGGAAGUUCAACCUCAUCCAGGUUCAGUCUGGGUAACUUCAUGUUGGGCGCGAAACGCAAGUCCAAGCAGCAAGGGUCGCGCUCUGAGCCGUCAAGUCCCAGUUCUCCUUCCCCCCGUCUCUCGCCAGUGUCGCCAGUAUCUCCCGUCCAACCUGCGACCCCCAUGUCAAGCCCUUCAUCUCCGCGACGCCUCGUGCACUUUGCGCUUGUGGCGGAUUCCGACGUGAUGAUGGGACACCAGGAUGACAUUCACGACGACAGUGGAAGGUUCAGCCCUACCACUAUGGACGUGCCUAGUUCAUUUUCAGAUGACAGCGACCCUGACGAAGGCGAAGAUCAUGGCGAGCUGGAUGAGGUGGACAGCGCUAUCAGCACCGGGGACGGUCUCUCCUCCGGAGAACGGUCAGGUUCCAGGACAAGCACCUCCACGGCCACUACUUCGAUUUCGGGCGACAGCGAGACUACGGAGACAGAGACCAGCGGUACAGUCGAGACCUGUGUGACUACUCCGUCCUCUUCCCCGCCUCUUUCCUGUGGGGAGAGUGACUCUGCGCAUACGGAUGUUUCGGCUGAAGACCACGAGAUCCAGUAUGGGUACGCUGUGACAUGCGACGAGGCGGUGACCGUCAACGAGCACUCCGAUAUCUUGGGUGCUGUCCCACUGGUAGCACCCAGUACCGAGACCCUCAAAGCCCCCGAACCCGAACCUGAAUGUUUCGUCGACCAAGAACAAUACGCUGACAUUCCUGAACCAAUCUGCGCUUCCACAUCCAACUCACCCAGCUCAUCUUCCUCUUUCCCAACAACGCCGGAAUCUCCGGUCUUCCGACCCUCUUCCUCGGAUAGUCCGCCUCCCAAACCGACGAAACCUUUUAUCCUUCCGCCCUCGUAUACCAACUUAUUGGAUCUCACACACAAGCUCCGGUCAUUAUUGAUUCAUGCGACAUUAUCGACACAGGCUAUCAAGGAGGAGGAACAAAGGAUUAUGGAGAUGUUGGAGGUCAGAGGGCGACGAAGGGCGUGGAGUUGCGGUGCAUUUCUGCGUGGUGUCCCUUCCAGGGCGAAUCCAGCAUCAGGAGAGUUGUCCAGGGAAGGGAUGUUGCAGGAGAUCAUGGCUGGUGCUAAGGGCCGCGCGGACCAGAAAAAGAGGGAGUGGGAGAUUCGAGUUAGGAAGGAGGAGAAAAGGAAACGGAGGGAGAGAAAGGGGAUGAAAGUGGAUGACGAGCAAGCCUCCGUGUCCUGGAACGAUAGGGCACUUCCACCUCUCCCUCUCGUCGCACUCUCGACUCCUUUCCAGAGCUCUCCACUGGCAUUAGUCAUGUACACAGCCGAGGAGAAGGAAGAGAAGGAGGGACUAGUGUACGAGUGCCCAGUCAAGGAACAAACUGUCUUCUACCUCUUUCUGAACCCUGGGGUGCCAGCUCUCGGGGAUCGCACGGAAGGCGUCAUAAUUGGUGGACCGGCCGAUAGUUUGAAAAGGGGGAAGUUGAGCCUUGAGGCGAUGGGGGUGAACAUGUUAAGCGCGAGGGAGCAACGGAUUCGGAGGAGUCAAGGGUAUCAGGGCUACGAGGAGGGGGAAGAUGGGAACGGAGGCUUUGUAGACUGUGGUGGAAACUUGGUGGAUGAAGACGGGUUUGUGUAUCGAGCUGAGGAUAUCACGGCGGGCCGCGGCGGGAGCGACGACUUCUUGUUCGAUGAAGAUGAUGGAGAUGAUGGGAUUGAAUGGCAAACCAACUCGCAAGGGCAUUACCCACCUCUAUCGCCCACAUCCAUGGGCGACCUGAUUCCACCACGACCACGUUCGAUGCCGACGAGGAACCACCCGCCGCCUGCAAGACUGCUGCCUGUUAGCGAGGAGGAUAUAGAUGAGGAUGACCUGGAGGAGAGGUUCAAGGACGCUGAAGACGACGCCAGCUAUCUCGGACUGUCACCUCGAUCACCUGGCGCAGGUUCGUUGUACUCGGGCCAUUCCCCAUUACGCAGCGCCAGUGGAACCACAACCUCCAGCAGCACCAUCACUGAGAGCGAGGACGAGGACGAAUUUGUCUUCGACACCAUGAGAUCAUCUAUGGCGAAUCGCAACCAGGACGAUGACGACGAAUUCUUUGCGGACAUCACUCAUAUUACGCAUAUCGUCGACGAUAUUGAAGAUGGAUUGGGAAGGCGGGCGCAAGCGGAGGUCGUGCAUGGUCAACGAAGGUUCAAGUUCAAACUGGGACAACCUGGUGGUGAAGAAUCCGUGCAUCAUAGGCAGCGAGCGAAGGCAAACAAAGGUUUUUCGGCAGGCGAGGUGGGGUUUGGGUCAGAGAAGGAUUCCGAGGAGGAAGCGACUGGUUCCCUUACGACUAUGGAUGGAGGCUUUGGGUCGAAGAGCGUGUCUGAUUUCCCUUCAGAUGACACUCCAAGGACGAAGAAGCCGCGGAACCAUCGAAGGCAAUGGCAAGCUCUCGCUCUCGAUACCUUCGUCGAAACACCCAUAUACUCGUCGCCUAUUUCCCCUAUCAAUGAGGAGGACGAAGAGGAGCAAGAGGUUGGCCUGGGGAUGCGUAUUUCCCUUGAAGCUGAAAGGCCAAUGCCUACCGCAGCCUCUGGGUUGAAGUUGCAGCCCACAUCCGGAAAUGCGACGAACAUGUUCAAGCGCUUAUCCCCUGUCGCCGUCAACACGUUCAGUAACAAUAACGCCCUGCCUCCAUCGCCUGCCUUGUCCAGUCGUGACCUUCCUACGUCGACCUCGUCGCCUGCUGAUUCGUAUGACGAUGUCAUCGAUAUUGGCCAACACCCCUACGUCCCUUAUGGGCGAAUCGACAUUGUCCCCGCUGGCUCCCUGUCGCAAGACAGCUUGCUUUGCCAGCCCAUCCGAUUCGCGCAGCUACCCGCAGGAGUCUCUCCGGAACCCAGCUUGCAGCCUUUGAAGCCGCAGUCAGUCAAAUUGGUUAUGAAACAAGUUGCUGCCGCUCCCCCACCCUCAGCCCCUUCAUCCCUCGUGACGCCCUCUGCACCCCGUCUUAGGAUUAGUGUUAAAUCGAGGGAGUGUGAAAGGAUUAUUUCGCCCGAUGUCCCUCGCAGUCCCAGCCCCACGUCCCCCCCGGCAAGCACAUCGUCAUCACCAUCGCCUCCGCCACCACUUUCGCCCACACCUUCAUCGGAUGGAUCUGUCACAUCCCCAUCGUCUACCGGACCGAACACCCCAAGCUCGUCCACGACCUCGCUCAGAGCACAGUCCUUCGGCCACCUUCAAAACUCCAAACCGAUUGCCCACGACCAAGUCAUCGAUUGCACACGGGAAGGUAUGGAAAUCGACGGUGUCUGGGAAGCCGUUCCCGCUUUAAUGAACGUUUCACCACCCAUCGUUGGCCUUCCUUUCGAUGACAACCUCCACACGAUUGGGGUGGACGCGGAUGGAGGGUCAGGCGAAGAGUUCACCCUCUCCAUGGACGUCCGCCGUGAGCGCAAACGCCACCUCCACGGACAUGGGAUCAUCAAGCAGAAGUUGGCGAGGCUCGACCAGGAGAGGCCCCUUGCGAAGGCCUUCUCGGCAACGCCAAUUCCUCCUAAACCUUCGGCUCACCCGCCAGCGCCCACUGCGGGUGCAGUCCUUUUGCCUAACCCCGCUUCUGUGGUGAGAGGAACUACAACGACCAAAUCCGCAAUGCGCCGCAAGGGGAUUGACCUGGCUUUUUUUGACCCUCCCUCCACUUCAACCGGACGCUGA